CGCAACAGCAGUUGAGAGGCUGUGGGUUGGCGGCGGCGGCCAGAGCGAGAUGCUAGUGUUCGUGAUGGUGGUGGCGACUACCUUGCGGCUCUGCCCGCUGGCCAGAGCUCAGCCGCUGUGCCGCAUGCAGACGGUGAGGACAGGAAAGAUAUUUCACGAUGGACAGAAAAUUCAAGGGGACCUCCUGUAUUUUUCAUCUGCGACAACUCGCUUGAUUAAACAUCCUUGCAAGAAAAACAUAGCCCUGUAUCUAGGGAGACAAGCUUUCCUGACAAGAGACAACUUCGAGAGCAGCCUCCUUCCACUCUCCAUCCCUGAGGCACUGCAGGUUAGCACGCCAGAAGUAACGUCAGCACAUUUUGCUGGUUCGGUAUUGCUGUUAGUCGUGAACCAAGAAGUCUACAUUUAUGACUAUGAAGCCAAUUCCUGGAAUGCAUCAAAAGGUAUAGAGCACCCUGUUUCCCACAUUUCUGGUGACAACUGUUGUUACAGUGGAAAUUCCUUUUGCGCGGAUGUAAGCAACUCGGUUUUUGCUUAUUUGCGUGGAGAUCAGAUAUCUCAGACCAAUAUCUAUUUCUCAAACACCCAGGGAUACGUAUUUCAGAAGUAUGCCCACGAAAGGCAGGCAGAGCUAGUCGGGUCCUUGGGUGGGAUCUUCUACUUUCACUCCCUGUCACAGGUGGGCCUGCUCCUUGUCAACCAGCAGAAGGCCAUGUUCAGCUACUCAGACUACCCCCUGAACCUCAAUUUCGGGCUGCCCUUUGACUACAACGGGUCUCUUGACAUCCUCAUCGCCCCGGGCCAGAAGGGCAUCCUCAUCUUCUGGUGUGAGAAAAGCCUGCUGGUUUCCCAGAAUGCAGGUCAGCUGGUCAACCCUGUCCAGGUGCGAGAAGGACAGCACGUCUUGUAUUCUUCCAUCUCUGAAGCCAACAUCAGCGUCCACAGCGUUGCUGCCAAUGAAAACGAACUGGCAGUUUUAACUCAGGAGAGUUACUUGUACUACGGCAGCCUGGGAAUCCUGCCAAGUUCUCUCAUCAAAUUUGCAGGCCAAAACAUCCGGUCGGAAGAGGCGGUCCUGGUGUUCACCGACGUGGGCAUGCUGGAAAUACUGAGCCCGCUACCUGACCCGCUCUUCCCAGCUUUUGAUUUCCAGAAGUGCCCCGUGAACAUCCAGGCGACUCUCAUGGACCCCCAGCUCCAAGUUGACGUCUGCAAGAUGGAACUUCUGCAGGGAGAAUUUGAUAACAAAAUGUACACCAUUGAUAUGAACAGCAAGUUGGAGUUGAGAGCCUUGAUGAUACCCCGGACAGGGACAUCCCCAGUCUCACUAGUGAUGGCGAGCAACCCGCACUCCCUGGGGCUACAGGCCCUCAUCUACGAGGACGGCUACACCCUCAACGGGAACACCAAGCACAGACUGAACAUUUCCCUGAGGCAGCAGCACCACGGGGGCAGGGCCGAUCCCAACUUCACCUCCAGCAUAAAGAGACCCACAAUGUCUACCGUCACUCUGGACAUAGCCAACAAAGAAAUUUCAUGUGUGGACCUUAAGCCACUGACAGCACUGAUUUCAGUUGGUUGUGACCUGGAGAAGAAGAUCAUCAUUCAGAACGAAAUCUCAGCCUGUUACAACGGCCUCCUCGACCUCGUGACCCUUCAGGACAACUACAGUUACGUCAUUGAGAAGGACACCUACGACCCCAACUUCCAGGGGCAGAAGGCCACAGAGGACCUGGUGGUGCAUUACCAGUAUGAGAAGCUGGGCUGCCCCGUCCUCGUGUUCUAUGACACCCCGUGGAAGCCGGUGGUGGAGCUGUGGCGGGAAGGGAAGUUCCAGGAGGUGGUCGAGACCGAGUAUGUCCUGCUGGAGGUGAACGGGCUGUUCACCUACACGUACUCCCUGACGGCCGCCAUGGCGCUCUGCAGUUCCCAGCCACAGAACUGGACCACCAUCUCCAAGGCCGCUGGCGGGAAAGGGCCCUUUGCCUGGAACCGAGAGAACUACGUAAGCUGCCACAACCCCGACAACAGCACACCCCUGAGAUGGCCACAAGUCCCGUAUCAGAUCUUGGGAGGCCCCACAGAAAACAAGGUCGUCUUUGAAAAAAGAAACGGCAUCUACACCUUCUUCAUUUCCAUCGUGGAUCCGUACUACAGCUACUGUCACCUGGAGACCAUCUUCAGCGUCUACGUCUCCGGGGCCUACCCCGAGCAGAUCAUCCCAGAAGUGCUCAUCUUCAUUCUCAUAGCAGCCAACUUGAUGAGCGUGUGGCUGGCCUACAAGAUCCCCAAGCUGCUGCACACGGAGCGGGGCCUCAAGGUCAAGGGCUUCUGCAUCAAUCUGUGCAGGAGAUGCAGGAAGCCUUGCGAGUGUUUCCGGGGCAGGCGCUGA